GAAGAGGUGGCAAAGAAGCGUACCCGCCGCGCAGUGAAAUUCCAGAGGGCCAUUACUGGGGCCUCCCUGGCUGAGAUCAUGGCCAAGAGGAAUCAGAAGCCUGAGGUCCGCAAGGCCCAGAGGGAGCAGGCCAUCAGAGCUGCCAAGGAGGCCAAGAAGGCUAAGCAGGCAGCCAAGAAGCCAGCUGCUCCAAGCGCUAAGGCCUCUACCAAGACUGCCCAGAAACCCAAGAUCGCCAAGCCCAUGAAGAUCAGCGCCCCCCGUGUCGGUGGAAAACGCUAAACCUGACUCUUUGUUAAUGGUUGUGAAUAAAAAUUUGUGGUUAACCAUUA